AUGGUAAUAAAAGUUUACUUCUCUAGUGUUACCGGCAUCCCUGAAGUGAAUUCCAGGCAAAAGUUGCUGUACAGCAUUCUGGAAACGAAGCAAAUAAAGUACGCCAUAGUGGAUGUAAGUCAAGAUAGCAAUAAAGAUGAAAAGGAAUACAUGAUAAAGUAUGCGACUCAAAGUGGCGGAACCAAAAGCCAACCGAAUCCCGAAGUGCCGUUUACACCUCAAAUUUUCAAUGACGGCGUUUAUUGCGGGGACUACAAUUCCUUCGAAGUGGCUAACGAGUUGGGAACGUUGAAAGAAUUUUUAAAGAUAAAUGGUUAA